AAUGGGUGUCGCUCAUCCUUUACCCGUAGGACUGUAGUGAGUGGAGACAGUCUCAAGGUCGUCAAUGUCAGUUCCCUCUGCCUCCCCCAUUUGGCUGUCCCGCAACACGAGGCAACAGAGGGCCAGUGACUAGCCUAAGGUUUCACCGCAAGGCCGCCAACUCCAGCCCAAUCAGGGUUCUAACCACACCCUGGGUACGGAUUCCCCCCACCCCGGGGCGGGAGCGAGGAGCACUUCCGCCAGCCACAAGUACCGCGCACGUGGCGGGCUGUGCGGGACCGGCGAGCUGCAGCCUGGCUGCGCAGCGCCAGCGCCUGCGGGGCCGGGAUGAUGAGCCUGACCUCGGCGCCCGAUUCCCGGCCGUUGCGCCGGGCCGUGACCCCCACGGGCCGGCGAACGGAAUCUCCUGUAGUGGAACUGAACGUUGGGGGUGAGCUCUAUACCACCACCUUGGGCACCCUGAGAAAACUCCCAGGCUCAAAGCUGACAGAGAUGUUCUCCAGCUCCGCCAAGGCCUGCCUGGAUGCGGAGGGACGCUUCUUCAUCGAUCGCUGCGGCACCUAUUUUGGACCCAUCCUGGAAUAUAUGCGCAGUGGGCAGCUGCCCACACAGCACAUCCCUGAGGUGUACCGUGAGGCUCAGUUCUACAAAAUCAAGCCUUUAAUCAAACUCUUGGAGGACAUGCCACAGAUCUUUGGCGAGCAGGUAGCUCGGAAGCAGUUUUUGCUGCAGGUGCCAGGCUACAGUGAGAACCUGGAGCUUAUGGUGCGCCUGGCGCGUGCUGAGGCCGUGGCGGCGCGCUGCUCUAGAGUUCUGGUGUGCCUGGUACAAAACGAAAAGGAUGAUGCAAACUGCGCGGACGCCCUGCGCUCCCUGGAGGCGGACAAGAGGUCAGUGGUCAAAUUCGGGCCUUGGAAGGCAGCCCUGGAUAUCAGGGACCUCCUGGACUGCAUGAACAUGGACAUUAAGGCCCAAGGGUACCAGGUACACUAUUCACACAACAGUCCAUUACCGGCCAAGGUCUCCGACUACUUCUAUACCUUCAGCUUCAGCUGGUGGUGAUCCCCAGGGGCGGGGGCUGUUUUUUACAGGCUCUGGUGAGACUUAUGAAAUUAAAGGUUGCCUUCCAAAGCCAUCUUCCUUUAAUUUUAAAAACAAACAGACAUCAAAAAACUUCCAAGGGCUUCCCUGGUGGCGCAGUGGUUGAGAGUCCGCCUGCCGAUUCAGGGGACAUGGGUUCGUGCCCCGGUUCAGGAAGAUCCCACGUGCCGCGGAGCGGCUGGGCCCGUGAGCCAUGGCCGCUGAGCCUGCGCGUCCGGAGCCUGUG